GAAAAAGGAAAUUGAAGGGGUGACGCAUACACAGACCGAAGAGAAAGUCAUCUCCUUCUCUCUUGAUUUCUGCUAAAUUCUCUAUCUACUUUUUCUACACUAAAUUCCUAGAAGAAAAACCUGUUCUGGUCUUCUCUGUUACAUAAUUCUUGUUGACGGGUUUAGACUGGUGAAGGACAAAUUAAGAAAUGUCAAAUACUAAUAAUGCAGCAGCAUGUGCUGAAAGGGCAACAAGUGAUAUGCUGAUCGGUCCUGAUUGGGCCAUUAAUAUCGAGCUAUGUGAUCUUAUCAAUAUGGAUCCUGGGCAAACAAAAGAUGCUCUUAAGAUACUAAAAAAGAAGCUCGGGGGUAAAAAUCCAAAAAUACAGCUCCUAGCUCUUUUUGUACUUGAAACUUUGAGCAAAAACUGUGGAGAAAAUGUGUUUCAGCAAAUCGUUGAGCGGGAUAUCCUGCAUGAUAUGGUCAAAAUUGUAAAGAAGAAGCCGGAUUUAAAUGUGAGGGAAAAGAUUCUUAUACUGAUAGACACUUGGCAAGAAGCUUUAGGGGGAAGAGGGGGAAGGUAUCCCCAAUAUUAUGAAGCAUACAAUGACUUGAAGUCUGCAGGAGUAGAUUUUCCACCAAAAGAAGAGAACAGUGUCCCACUGUUUACACCACCACAAAGUCACCCUAUUGUGCACCCUACUUCACCCUAUGAGGAAGCAGCCAUUCAGGCAUCCCUUCAGACUGAUGCUGCUGGACUCGGGUUGUCAGAAAUCGUGAAUGCAGAAGGAAUAGCAGAUGUGUUGAUGGACAUGCUUAAUGCUUUGGAUCCUAAGAAUCGUGAGGGGGUCAAACAAGAACUGAUUGUUGACCUUGUUGACCAAUGUCGCUCUUACCAACAACGUGUUAUGACCCUUGUGAACACUACAUCAGAUGAAGAGCUUCUAGGUAAAGGUUUGGCAUUGAAUGAUACUUUAAUGCGUGUACUUCGUCUCCAUGAUGACAUUGCUCAGGGCGGCCCCACACAGCCUGUUGUCACCAGGACAAGUGAAAGUACGGUUGUACCCCUGGUUAAUGUAACUCACGAGGACGAUGAGUCUGACGAUGAUUUUGGCCAGCUUGCUCACCGGUCAUCAAGGGAUACUUUACAGGGAAAUGGCCGGAACCAAAACGCACCACCACGUGCCGCCCCACUCCUCCCUCCCCCGCCUGCAUCAAGGAAGCCUGUUAGCGGUGAUUCAGGCCUGAUGGUCGACUAUCUUAGCGGUGAUGCUUACAGCAGCGCUGAACGGUCUUCUGUAAGCGCAUCGGGCCCCACAGUCCGACCAUCAACAACUCCACCAAAACCAUCCGCCCUUCCUCUUCCGGAUGACGAUUACAUAAACCCAACCGCAACCAUGUUCAUUGAUCAAGCGUCAUACGAUGAACCCAAGUCCAGGGACCCUUCGCCCGUGCCCGUGGGUCAAUACGGUGCACCGCCCGUGUCCAUCCCACCACCGCCUGCAAAACAAAGCCAGAGACAGCAGUUUUUCAACCAGAACCAGCAUGGGUCACAUUCGAGCAGCGGGUCGGGUUCGGGUUCGUCUUUUGACGGGUUGGUUGGUCAAACUCAGAAUCUUUCGGUCAACCCUUCGAUGCCAGCUAAAAAAGAGAAACCGGAAGAUGCUUUGUUUAAGGAUCUUGUGGAUUUUGCUAAAGCUAAGUCGUCAUCACCUUCGGGUUCUUCUUCGUACCCGAAUAGAUCGUUUUGAUUUUUGAAGGGAGUGAAUUGGUAUUUGGUAGUAUAAAGAUUUAAGGACUAGUUUUGAUGUUUUGGUGUUGUGUUUGAUUAGUUGAGGGAUUUGUGUUUUGGGGAAUAAAAUGAAUUUGUGAACUUGUGGGUUGUUAUUAUGUAAUGCCAUUGACCAUUGUUACUUGAUUUUAUUAUGAGUAUGUAAAUGUGUUUUUUUGGUUUA